CUGGUACCAGUACUACGAACUUGUAAUUCAUUCAUUCUCAUACCGUAUGUACCUACUACUUGUGUACUAGGACUAUUAAUGGUAAGUCCCUUAGUCGCAAGUUAUUGGCAAUUCCCCAGGUGUCAAUUUUUUCUCAUUUUCCCAUCUUUAUUUCCCCUCUCCCCCCCUCCACAAAAAAAAUAACCAAGUUGCAAAAUAUUACUAUUACUACUGGUGGUCCCCCUUCCUACUUCUUGGAAUAUCAAAUCAGUGCUUAUCUCCAGUAUCAAGGACCACUAAUAAAAAUAUGUUGGUACUAGCGAGAAAUUAAACAAUGGAAAUAUUUUUAUUUUUGUCCGUUGGAUGCCUUUUUUAACUGGUUUUAACUGUAAAAAUGAGUUAAAAAUUUCUAUUAGUAUUUGUACGGGGAUUGCCAAUAACUUGCGACUACGGGACUUCCCAUUAAUAGCUCUAUUACGUACGGUGCGUACGUACUGUUUUCGACGAUAAUGUUGAAUUGUGAUCAGUCACGUAUUUGAUCCGAGUCACUAAAUACUUGAGAAAGCUUUUUCUGUCUCAAAGAUACUUCAACUUUCAUACUUCUCGUCCAUAGCACUAAAGCGAAUCGCGUCAUCGUCAAUUUACACGUAAACACCUCGUAUCGAAUGCACGCCCCAGUUCCNUUGAUUUCAAGAGAACAAGCCUUUUUUUCUUUUUUAAGUACCAGCAGAUCAUUGUACUACAUAGUAUAUCUACAUAUUGCUGGGGCAUGAUACUAGUACUACUUUGAUCAACAGAGAAGCAGUCUACUAAUAGUACUAGGGCAAUUAGAACUGCUCAAGAAUGGCCUCUAAUAUCCUCCCCUUUGGGGACAUGCUCAGGCAUAGUACUACUACUAGUAGUGUUGGGUAGAGUGCCCUGUGUUGUUGUUACACUAUUGGCAUUCCAACCACUAAAUCAACAUUUGAAACGUUAGUAACUUGCUAGCUUUCCCAGAAAUGCCAUCAACAAAAUUUCUUUUGUUAUUUUGCACACAGUGAUUAGUAGUGGUGGUAAUAUUACUUGUACUUUUGAGUCUCUUACUGGUGGUAUGAAGAAAGUAUGAGGAGGGAGUUAAACAGUACUUUUUGGCCACCCACUACCACUGUAACUUUGGCUGACUAGUUCUAAGCUGCUAGUAGAGCAUCCUUUGGCUUCCCAAUGACCUGGAUCUCUAAGUACUAGUACUAGUAGUAAUUGUAUCAACUUGGUCUGGGCGCUUAGUCUGGUGGUCUAAAGUUGUUUUGUUGAUAGAGUUCUGACCUAUUUUCUAACCAGCAGCAGCCGGUCUCCACUGGCCAAAUUUGGUCAUACCAGCUGUUAAUGGAGAAUSCCCCCCCCCUGCCCCUAAUUGUGUAACAAUGACCGAGCAUACCCCCAAAAGGGAUCUCAUUUGAGUCCGUUCUUGGGCACUUUUAAUGGCCUCAUAAACACUGUUUGUGGUCAAAAAGUGACCAAAAACUCGUAGAUCUAUGUAGGAUCAGUACUAAAUACUGGGCUUCAAAUGCAAAAUUAGUAACUGUGAUUUUACUAGUAAUAAUUUUUGGGGAUUGAGUAGAAUGCUUUUUUGCCCAGUAGAGUGUGGUAGGGUUUUUACGGUUAAUGCAUUUUACUCCAAAUUAACUGGUACCAGUGCUACGAACUUGUAAUUCAUUCAUUCUUGUACCGUAUGUACCUACUACUUACAUACUAGGACUAUUAAUGGUAAGUCCCUUAAUCGCAAGAUAUUGGCAAUUCCCCGGGUGUCAAUUUUUCUCAUUUUCUCAUCUUUGUUUCCCCUCUCCCCCCCUCCACAAAAAAAAUAACCAAGUCGCAAAAUAUUUCUAUCAUUACAGGUGUUGUCAUUGUCAUUGUCAUCGUCGUUGUCAUUGUCAUUGUCGUCAUUGUUGUCGUUGUCGUUGCUUCUACUAGUACUGUCAUCAUUGUCUCCGCUGCCACCAUAGUCAUCGUUGUCUUGAGCAGAGGCAGCCAUGUGACAUUCAAUAAGAUCUCUUUCCAUUGGUGGAACAAAGACAUCGUGAAUGACCUGUCUGUUGAGUACAGAGUGAAGGUUAUUUGCUGAAGGCCUUGGUCCAUGAUUAGGAUUAGUGAAAUGGGACGGCAGACUUGGUCCAUUUGUGACCAUUGUCAGACCAAAAUCAGUUGGAGAAUGGUGUAUGGGAGGAAUAGAUGUUUGCUCUCUAAUUGAAGUAGAAAAAUUGAUGUCCCGUCCCUUAAUGAGGUUCUGGGAUUUGUAGACAGAAUAGCAUUCUGAAUUGUGUGAGAUAUGCCAUUUUAAUCCUGCUGCGAUAUAUUUGACAUUGACGUGAGUAGUCGAUUGAGAUUUAUAGCCUUUGAACUUUGAUUUCUCCCCCUCUAGUUCCCAACACCCACGGCAGUAGAAUGCAAUAGGGGUUCUGAUUGCAGUAGGCAUGAUAGUGGUACAAUGCACAGUAGCAAUAAAAAGAGUAAAUGAAGAGAAGAAGAAUAUUGACAACAACGGAAUAAAACUUUGUUUUGAUGCAGCAAAAAAUAUUUUGUUUGGUAUUGAUUAAGUGCAGGAUAGGUUCCGUACUGUACAGAUGAAGAAACAUCAAGAGUGGAACGAGGAUCUAAGAUGAUUUUGUAUGUAUCCCUAACCUUGAAUGUAAUAAAUAGACAAAUAAUCUCCAUUCCAAUUGGUCAAAUCAGAAGUUUUUGGAAAUUCAGGUGACGUAAAGGACAGAAGCUUUCGGAAAUUCGAUGCCCCUGAAUUGCGUGGUGUAUUUUUAUUAAUUUAGUCACACAGAGGCAUUAAAUUAUUUUGAAAGGUGCAUAUUCUAAAAAAAGCGUCGCGCGAGGUUAGGAGAGGUGCAGAACACUCUCUCGGACGUGGUCCUUACUACUAGUACUAGUGGUACUUGUUGGAAUAUCAAAUCAGUGGUGCUUAUCUCCAGUAUCAAGGACCACUAAUAAAAAUAUGUUGGUACUAGUGAGAAAUUAAACAAUGGAAAUAUUUUUAUUUUUGUCGGUUGGAUGCCUUUUUUAUUGGUUUCAACUGUAAAAAUGAGCUAAAAAUUUCUAUUAGUAUUUGUACGGGGAUUGCCAAUAACUUGCGACUACGGGACUUACCAUUAAUAGCUCUAUUACGUACGGUGCGUACCUGUACUGUUUUCGACGAUCAUGUUGAAUCGUGAUCAGUCACGUAUUGGAUCCGAGUCACUAAAUACUUGACAAAGCUUUUUCUGUCCCAAAGAUACUUCAACUUUCAUACUUCUCGUCCAUUGCACUAGAGCGAAUCGCGUCAUCGUCAAUUUACACGUAAACACCUCGUAUCGAAUGCACGCCCCAGUUCCGGUCCUCUCUCGCGGGCUUCCUUGAAGAUAGGAUUUCCGCUCCGAAGCCGAGCUCUCCUUCCUUCACCUUCAUCUACCAUUGACCCACAAUUCGUUUCAGCACCAAAUCAUACUUAUAUCCACCAUGAAGACUGCCUGUGUUCUUGCCACCAUCUUGGCUUCGGCCGCCGCCUUUGCCCCUGCUUCCACCAACUCGCGAUCCACUUCCCUUGCGGCUAGCCAGUUCGAAAACGAAGCCGGUGUCGUCUCUCCUGUUGGCUUCUGGGACCCUGCCAASCUUUCYGCUGGUAUCGACCAAGAAACAUUCGAUUCCUACCGAUUGGCUGAAUUGAAGCACGGACGUGUUUGUAUGUUGGCUGUUUUGGGAUACGUUGCYACCGAGACCUACCACUUCCCUGGUGACAUCGCCCCCGGAAUUCCUUUCGACUCCRUUCCUUCCGGAUACGCCGCCAUCGCCGCCGUUCCUCUUUUGGGAUGGUUGCAAAUUAUCUGGACCGUCGGUAUCAUCGAGACCACCGGAAACCUCGGAAACUUCCCUAUUGGAUACCUUGACUUGGAACCUGAAGAAUACUUCAAGCGCCAAACACAGGAACUCCAACACGGACGUCUUGCUAUGUUGGCAUUCUUGGAAUUGCUCCGUCACGAUACCCAGACUUUGGCCGGAAACAACGACGGUCUUGACACCUUGAUCUCCGGACUUCCUUUCAUCUACAACUAAAUUYCAUUUGGUGAUGAACGUUUUGUUUUUGUUCAGCGGUGGUAAAUAUUUUGUUUUACCUCUGCUUUGACUGGAACAUACAAGCUAUUUGCAUUUUCGAUUCACUUCUUUUGAAYUAACCAUUGGCUUACAAUACAGUAUAAGUAGUGAUUCGAAUUCUCUCUUUUCAGAGUCUACGACCGCUCGUGGGAUAGUGCCCCACAUUUUGAAKAUGAACCCCACUUGAGUGGUUUAGAUUUGAUGAUUGUUAACRCUCCAUACUUAAGAAUUAUCAUUAAGAUCGACUUUUCUCGCACUAGAGUAUCUAAUCUUCCGACUAAGUAAUCUGAAUUACA